AUGCAGCCUGGAAACUCUGCUGAGCAAGACGGCCACCCUAGUCAGCGAAAUGGAGUCCUCGGUCAACACGCGGUGGGUGCAGCAGCAGCAGCACAGCAACCAAAGGCCAUAAGUGCUGCCUUUAUUCAUAAACUAUACAGCAUGCUUGAAGACCAAAGUAUACAGCAUUUGAUUUCCUGGUCUAGUACCAAUGAGAGCUUUGUCAUGUCACCUUCAACCGAGUUUUCCAAGGUUCUUGCAUCAUAUUUUAAGCACACCAAUAUUUCAUCAUUCGUCCGUCAACUGAAUAUGUACGGUUUUCACAAAGUCAGUGAUGUUUUCCACACGGGGUCGCCGGACUCUCCUCUAUGGGAGUUCAAACAUGGCAAUAACAAUUUCAGGAGGGGAGACUUGAACGGAUUGAGAGACAUUAAACGCCGAGCCUCCAGGCACACUCUGAUACACCGCGACUCUUUCUCGAACGCUACCCCCAAGAUGACGCUUCAGCCACCUCCUCCGCCACCUCCUGGUGCACCGAUGGAGCCGCCAAUGCCGGAUCCUGUCGAAGCCCGACUCAGCAUGCUAGAGUUCAAUCUUCAAGAUGUUUAUGCAAGGCUGGCAAGAUCGGAAGAUGCAUAUGCAAACCUUAGUGCCAAAUGUCAGAUGCUGUCGGAGGGAUUGGCAAGAUGCCAUUAUUGGAGUGGUGAACUAUCAUCGCAGUUGCUCGUAAUGGUACCUGAUCCGGAAACGCCAAUUCACAGAGACGUAUCAGCAUUGCGCGCCGAGAUCAACCGAAAUGCGGAUAUUUUGAGAACUCAUGAAGGCCCACACGAAACUUUGCAACCCACCCGCCCUCCUUUCAUGUCAGCGCCUUCCUACGACCACGGUGGUCCUGUUUCGCCACGUCAGCAAGCAAUGGAUGCUUCCCGUAGGCCUUCGCUGCAACCAAAUUCGCGCGCUUCUUCUUUCAGGACGCCCAUGCCUCCACACAUGACGGCAUCACCUCACAGAUUUGGUUCUCUGAGUGGUCCUUCCGGACCGCCAUCACCUUCGUCCAGGCAACCUGCACCCCCGCCUCCACCACCCACAUACACGACACUUCCGCCUCCACCGGUCCCCGUAGCCCAGGCACCUGUGCAGCAUCGCCCAGCCUCACCUCCCAUGAAUCUGUCUCGUCGUCACACUUCUGCGGAUAUUAGACUACAAGGGUGGAACGGCCCACCCCAUGCGAUUCCUCCACCUCCUCCACCACACGGGGGCUCGCCUUUUACGACAGGAGGACAAAACUCAGUACAGUGGCCUUCGUCUCCAUUCCGUCAAGGCAACAAUGAAGGCCAGCAGAUCAGAGACACUUUGGCGCAAUAUGAACUGCCCCGUGCAACGUCUAGACUUGGAUCUCGACAGACUACACCACCUGACUCAGGACCUCCGUCGUAUGCCAAUAACAGCGGCGAGGCGGGAUGGCAGCUGCCUGGACCAAAGUUCUCUUUCAAGGGUGUUGAGGCAUCGGCACCAGGAACUCGCCGAAGCAGCAUGGCCAGCAAUGUACACUCACUGCUUAAUCCUACAGCAGAGUCAAACCAAGAUCGAGAUGGAGAAGAAGGACCCGAGGAUAGGAAGCGAAAGAGAUUAGCAUAA